AUGUCGCUUCUUCGCUCCUCCCUCUGCACUGCCCGUUCCCUGACUAUUGCGCGGGGAUUAUCGACCUCGGCCGUGCGACGUGACCACUUCCUCGACGUUGACCCUGCUGCGUUCAAGGCGCGCGCGAUUGACGGCGGCUCCAAGCCGGUCUUGGUUGAUUUCUACGCCGACUGGUGCCAGCCGUGCCGCGUGCUCUCGCCGGUUCUCAAGAAGCUCACUGGGCCCGAGACCGAGUUCGACCUCGUGACCGUCGAUGUUGACAAGCACCCCGAGCUGGCGGGCGAGUUCAAGGUGACCGCGCUCCCGACCGUCGUCGCGUUCAAGGACGGCAAGGUCAAGAACAAGUUCCUUGGGUUCCGGAGCGAGGCGGAUGUGAAGAAGUUCCUCACUAUGCUUUGA